AUGUACUUCUCGAGAAGAUCAUCUGGCACAUCAAUUCAUCUGCUAACGUUCAGCAUGAACGGCGCAUCAAAAGCGCCGUCUUCACUGGAUGCCGUCGACUAUGAUCCAAUCGAACAUCUGAAUACAAUAUUUUCUCAUCCCUCAACCCUUGACUCCAUAAGUAGCACAGCGGCGGCCCUGCAGAAACACCAAGAUGACCUCUCAACCUCAAUAUCCGCCCUCGAGGCUGCCCAAGCACAGAGCGACGAGUCGAGCUUACAGCGCAUGCAAUCUGCGAAAGAGGAGCUGGCCCAGCUUUUCAGUAAAAUCGAAUCUGUCCGAACCCGCGCUAUAGAGACGGAACAGACAAUUACAUCGAUGACAGCGGAUAUCAAACGGCUAGAUGGCACGAAACGGAACCUCACCCUGUCCAUGACAGCCCUGAAGCGGCUGCAGAUGCUCACGACAGCAUACGAACAAUUGAGAGGACUAGCAAAGUCGAGGCAAUACAAGGAAUGUGCGAGCUUGCUUCAAGCUGUGUUGCAGCUCAUGCGACACUUCAAUAGCCACAGGAGUAUUGAUCAGAUCGCAACCUUGAGCCGGAAUGUGGCGGAAUUACAGAGGGAACUGCUGGAGCAGGUCUGUGAGGACUUUGAAAUCUCGUUCGCAAAGGGAGAAGUGGCGGCAAAGAAGGGCGUUCUGAGCGAGGCAUGCCUGGUCAUGGAUGCGCUGGGGGAGAAUGCUAGGGCUAGGCUGGUGACAUGGUAUGUCAAUACACAGCUGAGAGAAUACCGGCAAGUUUUCAGAGGGAAUGACGAAGCUGGAAGUCUGGACAACAUCGGAAGGAGAUACAGCUGGUUCCGGAGGAUGUUGAAAACAUACGAGGAUGAGCAUGCUGGCAUAUUCCCAUUACAAUGGAGAGUGAACGAAGUUCUGGCAAAUGCAUUCUGUGAGGGCACAAGAGAUGACUUUAAAGGCAUCUUAGAGAGGAGUAUGCGGCGACCUGACGGUGGAAAGAUAGACGUCAACCUUUUGUUAAGCUGUUUGCAAGAGACCAUGGACUUUGAGCAGAGUCUUGAGAAAAGAUUUGCCAGCGAGCCCAGAGAAAGUAUCGACACACUCAGUUCGGUGGAAGAGAAGCCACACACAUUCGACAGGUCGAUUUCGGAAGCUUUUGAACCAUACCUUAGUCUCUGGGUGGAGUCCCAGGACAAACAACUGGCAACGAUGAUACCCAAAUAUCGAAAUCAACCGUUACUCCCACAUGAUGAGGAAUUUUCGUCACAAGCCGUCAUACCAUCUUCGAUCGAACUCUUUCAUUUCUACAAAACGACACUUGCACAAUGUGCCAAAUUAUCCACGGGUGAGAGGCUAUUGGACCUCUCGAAAACGCUUGCCAAAUAUCUGGACGAAUAUGCUCAACAGGUGCUCCUAUAUUUCCUUCAAUCGCCGGGCGGGGCGACCCUUGAGAACACUAUAUUAGUUUUGAACACUGCGGACUAUUGGCACGCAAAUACUCAACAAUUGGAAGAUAACCUAAAGAAGCGAAUAGAUAGCGAGCUAGCACCCAAGGUUGAUCUGUCUUCGCAGUGCGAUACAUUUAUGGGCGUUGCGAGCGCAGCUGUAUUGGCGUUAGUGCAUAGAGUGGAAGUCAACUGCGAAGCUUCUUGGCGAGAGAUGAGGAACACCAAUUGGAGUAAGAUGGAGAGCGUGGGAGACCAGAGCUCUUUCGUUGCCGAACUUCUAAAACAUGUCAACAGUCAAGCGGAGGAGACUUUGCCAAUGGUUGCCAAAGCUCAGUAUGCCAGAGCAUUCUGCGAUAAUCUGGUCGAGCAUCUAGCGAAUACGUACAUUGCUAAUAUUGUACAAUGCCGGCCAAUUUCUGAGGUUGGCGCUGAGCAGAUGUUACUCGACAAAUACGUACUGACCAAAGGUCUUACCACGUUACUUUCUCACUCGACAACAGCAGCUUCAUCAUCCACUACUGCUCAAGCUGGAUUUGUCAAGCGUGUGAACCAAAGCAUGGCUCGAUUAGAUCCACUACUCAAGACCCUCCAAGUGAGACCCUAUCCGCCAGAAGGUCUCGUUCAAGCAUACCUCAUCCAUAUCGGAGAUCGUUCAGACACCAACUUCCGGAAGAUCCUCGAGCUCAAGGGAGUAAGAAAACAGGACCAACCCUCCCUGGUCGAAAUGUUUGGAAUGCACAGAGAUGGGAAGAGCAACGAACAUCUCGUGGCAAUGAGUCCACUUCUAACACCUCUCAUGAACGCAGGCGGCAUUGGUAGUGGCGGUCUAGGUCUGGGCACCGGGUCAGCCUUGGGUGCAGCAUCCGGCAUCCCUAAUCUUCAAACCAGGUUCGAUCCUGCUGGCUUCGGCGAGAAGCUGUUUAGUGCAGCGAGAGAUGGCGUCGAGAGGAUGGGUACGCCUAGUUCUGGAGCCGUGGGUGACAGGAUUGGAUCUCCGCUGACCGAGGAUGCGAAAGCCACUGUUGAGGGCAAUUUAAAGAGUAUUGGAAAAUUCUUCAGAAGGGAUAUGAGUGGGUUUGGUAGCAUUGGUGGAAGGUUUGGAGGUAGCAAUAGCUGA